GCUCAAUGGACUCCGGAAAUUUAUGGAGACGGCGGAGCAGCACUGGGACUUGCUCAAUGAGAACAUCUUGGAGCCGCUUGGGUACCCGGAACAGCGCCGGAAUUUGUUCCCACGGGACGACCUUCUGCAACUCGCGGGCGAUGACUGCAAGGAUCUCAUCUCCGCCUCCCGCAAGAUAUGCUAUAACUUGAACAUCAAGAGGAGCCGCACUUGCGACGUGCGCAAGCUUAUUGGUAAGAUGGAUGUUUUGCCGGAGCUGGUGACGGAUCUGCAAGCAUCUUCAGCCCGAGGCGCAGCUGCAAUGGCCUUGACCAUGUGCCUAGCACAUACUCCGGGUCUUGAUCUUGAUGAAGUGACCACGGGCGUUCCUCCGGAUGCGGAUGUCGGCGCGCUGCUGGAUGCAGUGAGCGGCUACGACACCCGUAUCGCGCGCAGGAUCCGGCACGAGGAAUUCUACGACAAGGUCGUCCUCGCUGCUGACGAGCCCUUAGAAGCGGAACUUCAGAAGGAACUCGACGCCAAGGCGCGACCUGCGGAAUCCGGAGCCCAGUUUACCUGGACCAGCUCCAAGGAUGCUCCCCAAGAGGAACCCAAGACCAGCACUGCUGCCUCUGAAGAAAAAGAAAGUGAAGAAGACGUGUCUUCUCCGGCCGAAGGCGCCAAGGAACAGGAUCCAGAGGGCAAGACUUCUCCGGCUAAGGGGGAGUGAAAACUUUUAUUCCUGCGGGAAAAACAAUGCAUCAUUUUGG